AUGCCGACGCCACUCGAUAGGGCCAUGAAAUCGAAAGUGAGUAUUUCCUUCUCUUUCGCCGGUUUGGUGACGGGUGUUGCUGUCUGGGCGAUUUGGGGAGGGGAGAUGUUCCCUUCGGAAGCAGAUCCCAAAGGAGAUCCAGAGACUUGGACCCGAGAAGAGCUGCGGAGAUGGCUAGCUGCUAGAAACCUGCAUCCUCAAGACGCAGACACCCGUGAGCAGCUGCUUGACCGGGUACGGGCAAAUAUGAGAAUUCCGAGGCGCUGA